AUGUGGUCGUAUUUUUUUGGUGGAGCAUCCGGUAGUGCGAAGAACAAAGAGUUGCCUAAAAAGGCUAUAGUGGAACUGAGGGAGCAUAUCAACCUUCUUUCCAAAAAGCAAUCACAUCUGCAUACCCAAAUCACAAACCAAGAGAAUGAGGCUAGGAUCUUUUUGACGAAGGGCAAUAAGGUAAUGGCCAAGAACUCGCUGAAGAAGAAGAAGAUAUACGAGCAAAACUUAAGCAAGUUGGAAGGAACGAUGGAAUCUCUGGAACAGCAGCUAUUCUCCAUAGAGAGCGCCAACUUAAACCUGGAGACGAUGAGGGCCAUGCAACAGGGUGCUAAGGCAAUGAAAUCCAUUCACAAUGGUCUAGAUAUAGAUAAAGUUGAUGAAACGAUGGAUGAGAUAAGGGAGCAGGUAGAAUUAGGAGACGAAAUAAGCGAUGCUAUAUCUAGACCAUUAAACACUGGGGCAAACGAGGUGGAUGAAGACGAAUUGGAUGAAGAAUUAGACAUGCUGGCUCAAGAAAACGCCAACCAAGAAACGUCCAAGAUUGUCAAUAAUAACGUCAAUGCGGCACCGGCAGCAGAGAAUAAGGUCUCGUUGCCCAAUGUUCCAAGCAAUAAAAUUAAACAGAGUGAAGCCUCCCUAAAGGAAGGCCAAGAAGAGGACGAGGAAGAGGACGAGGACGAAAGGGCACUAAGGGAGUUGCAGGCAGAAAUGGGGCUUUGA